AAAUUUUGAUUCAUGUCUUUCUUCCAGUUCCUCCUACUAAUACUCUUCCUCUCAACACAUCAAACUCUAUCUCGAUCUUCUCCGGAUUCAGCCUCCCUAAUAAGAUCGGUCUGCAAGUCGACUCCAUACCCUGAUGUCUGCUUCGACUCCUUGAAGCUAUCAAUCUCCAUAAACAUCAAUGCCAAUGUCGUCCUCCAGUCUCUCCAGUUUGCCAUCAAUGAAGGUGUUAAGCUAUUACCCUUUUUGUCAAACACCGAUGGUAAUAUCAUCGAGAAACAAAAGGGAACCAUCCAAGAUUGCAACGAACUCCACCAAAUAACUCUUUCCUCAUUAAAGAAGUCGCUUUCUAGACUCACCACAACUUCGUCUUCUUCUUCCUCGAAUAAGUUAGCAGAUGCCGGGGCCUUCCUGUCGGCAGCUGUCACCAACAAGAAUACUUGUUUAGAAGGCCUAGAGUCGGCUUCGGGUCCUCUAAAACCACUCCUAGUCGACACCAUAACCACUGCUUACAAGCAUGUUAGCAAUUCUCUUUCACUUCUCUCUGCAUCUAGUUCGAAGCAAAAAGAUAAGUCAAAACACCACAAGACCACCAACAAAGGAAUGGAUCUUCCAAAAUGGUUAUCCGGGAAAGAUCGCAAGAUUUUCCGCAAUGAUUAUGAAGAUGAUAAUGAUGACUAUGACUAUGAUUACAACACGCUAACUGUGGCAAACGAUGGGAGUGGCAACUUCACCACCAUUACUGACGCCAUAAACUUUGCUCCAAACAAUAGUGUUGACAGGGUCUUAAUCUACAUUAAACAGGGGUUGUAUGAAGAAAAUGUAGAGAUUCCUAGUUAUAAAACAAACAUCGUUCUGCUUGGAGAAGGAAGUGAUAUCACUACAAUCAGUGGUAACAGAAGUGUGAUUGAUGGUUGGACUACUUUCCGAUCCGCCACUGUUGCUGUCUCAGGAGAAGGAUUCUUGGCACGUGAUAUUGGAUUUCAUAACAUAGCAGGACCAGAGAAGCACCAGGCUGUUGCUCUUCGUGUCAAUGCAGACUUAGCCGCUGUCUACAGAUGUGCAAUAAGCGGUUAUCAAGACACGUUGUACGUCCACUCCUUCAGGCAAUUUUACAGAGAAUGCGACAUUUAUGGGACUAUAGAUUACAUAUUCGGUAAUGCAGCCGUGGUGUUUCAGGGAUGCAAUAUUAUAUCCAGAAUGCCCAUGCCCAGCCAGUUCACGGUGAUCGCCGCCCAGUCCAGAGACUCACCGGAUCAACAAACAGGAAUUUCGUUCCAGAAUUGUUCCAUUUUGGCUACGGAUGAUCUCCGAGAUCGCUCUUCCUUUGUUAGAAAUUCAACUAGUAUCCCCGCAGUGAAAAGCUAUCUUGGGAGGCCAUGGAGGACGUACUCUCGCACCGUUUUCAUGGAGUCGUACAUUGAUAAUUUAAUUGACCCAAUGGGGUGGAUUCAUUGGUCAUCCAAAGAUGAAGGUUUGGAGAGCUUAUAUUAUGGCGAGUAUGGUAACAUUGGACCUGGUUCAAGGGUAGAGGGUCGAGUUAGCUGGCCUGGUUACCACGUCAUGGAUUAUAAUGAAGCUACUAAUUUUACAGUAUCAGAAUUCAUCGCCGGCGAAGAGUGGCUAGACUCUACAUCGUUUCCUUACGAUGAUUGGGUUUGAUGUAAUUUAGUAAUAGGUGUG